UUUUCGAUAACCAUGAGCGACUCUGCCAUCCACGCUAUUGCUGGUGCCGCAGGCGGUAUCGUCGCAAUGACUGCGACAUACCCCCUCAUCUUCUUGUCGACUCGCGCUGCCGUCGAAACCAAGAAUGAGCCCAAGUCAACCUACCAGGCCGUCAUUGAUAUCAUCAAGCGUGAGGGUGUCUUGGGGUUGUACAGUGGAUUAGACUCCAGUCUUUUGGGUAUUGCGGUCACCAACGGCGUGUACUACUACUUCUAUGAGCGUUCGAGGGAGGCCAUCCUCCGCUCCAAGGGCGCUGGAGCCAAGGCUUUGGGUACCUUGGAGUCUAUGUUGACGGGUCUCAUUGCUGGUUCCGCCACUACCAUCAUCAGCAACCCUAUCUGGGUCGUCCAGACCUCCCAAGCCGUCCGCACCAUGGGUGCUGACAACCAACCCGCCGUUGUCAAGAAGUUGGGCUUCUUCGAGACCGCAAAGAACAUUAUCGCCAAGGAUGGCAUCGCUGCUUUCUGGCGUGGCAUUGGACCUGCCCUCAUUCUGGUCAUCAACCCUAUCAUCCAAUACACUGUUUUCGAGCAGUUGAAGAACUUCUUGAUUGCAAGGAGGACUACCCGCCUCCGUGCUGCCGGCGGCGCUGCUGCUGCCGUUGCAGCCCUCACCGACUGGGACUUCUUCCUCCUCGGUGCCCUCUCCAAGCUCGCUGCUACCACCGCUACCUACCCAUACAUUGUCGUGAAGAGCCGACUCCAGGCUGGUUCCACCAAGUACAAGUCGUCAGUCGACGGCUUGCUCACCAUCCUCAAGGAAGAAGGUGUCGAGGGUCUCUACAAGGGCAUUGGCAGCAAGAUCGUCCAGAGCGUCCUGACCGCUGCCAUUUUGUUCGCCGGUCAGCGAAGAAUCUUCGAAGUGACCAAGAAGGCACUCUCCCCUGUCAUCGCAAAGUAAAUGUAUAUUAUACGGGCUAUAUUAAUGUUGUACUAGAUCAUAUUUAUGUUCCUUU